AUGUCACUUAAUAUUUUGAUCUGGAAUGCUAGGGGUGUGGCAAACGUGAACACUCAGAGCAUUAUCAAACGUUUGGUGAAGGAAAAUAAGAUUAUGGUUUUGGCUGUUAUUGAACCAUUGAUUAAGCCUAGGCCGGAUUUCUUUAGUAGGAUUUUUGGACUGCAAUUUAAGGGGUGUAAUUGUAAUGGUCAAAUUUGGAUGUUUGCUGCAGAUGGAAUAGAGGUGGAUGAUUGGGAUGAUUCUGAACAGAUUCUACAUGCUAGAUUUACUACUCUAAUGCUGUCGGCUCCUGUCUUUAUCUCGGUAGCUUAUGGAAAAUGUACCAGAAAAGGAAGGGCUGGGAUGUGGAGCAAGCUUAGAGAGUUGGCUGGUAAGUUAGAUGGAUUGCCUUGGCUUGUGGGAGGUGAUUUUAACACCUUUGUUUCUGAGGAGGAAAGGCAGGGAGGUAAGAAGAAGAGAACAAGGGAAAUGAUGGAGUUUGCAGAGACAAUUAGUGAUUGCCAAUUCCUAGAUGUAGGGGCUGAUGGCCCUAAGUUUACUUGGGCAAGAGGGGAUACUUUUGAAAGGUUGGAUAGAGUACUCUUGGGGGAAGGCUGGGCAAACAUCUUUGAAUCCACGAGAGUUACAAAUCUCCCCAGAGUCUUAUCUGAUCACUGCCCACUUCUGAUAAGGGAGGAAACCGGCACGAGGGGGAUGAUCAAUGUGCAGCUUAAAUUGAGCCGACUUAAACGAAGUCUGAAAAUAUGGAAUCGUGUUGUUUUUGGAAAUAUCUUUGAGAAGUUGAGGAAAGCUGAAGCAGAGGCUAGGGAGGCACAGGAAAAAUAUGAGCAGGAACCAUCCCCUGAUUUGCGAUCUGAUAUGAAUAGAACCACGGCUGAAUACUUGUUAAGGCUGAAAAUGGAAGAAGAUUUCUAG